AUGCCCGGGGUUCCCUCCAAUAAAGCGUGCGAGAGGUGUAAAAAGAGACAUUUGAAGUGUGAUGAAACUCGUCCGCACUGCCAACGAUGCACCGCGGCGGGAGUGGAAUGCCCGGGUUAUGUCCAAACCCGCAAAUUCAUCGAUCAGGGAGCUUCGGUGAGACGCCGGUAUGCUCCGUAUCAAGAUGCGCAGUUCAGAUCUGGAACAGCGGCAAAUGCUGGGCGAGGAGGCGAGGAACAUGUUUCUGCCUCGCCACUGCAUGAGAUGCAAGUGGAAGAACUACGGGAGGUGACACUGGAAUCAAGGGAUGGUUUCCAGAUGACAGAGGGACCGGAAGAUAUGACCGCCAUGCAAUCUCAAUUCUCCGUCUCGAAUACGCCAGAGCCGCAAUAUGUCCCAAAGGUGAACCGAGUGUCCGGCCAUGACAGCCGUGGAUCCCCAAGGGGCACAUUGCAAAAUUCCGUGUCACCCAACACUGCAAUGGGAUACUCUUCUGGUCUUGAAACCACAAAUGCUGUAACCUCAAAUGAUCGGCCUGAUUAUCAAAAUCUGGUUUCAUCGGAGAGCGUGUCACACCGGAACGAAAAGGAAGAAUUCCAGGACAUCUUCUCUGAACUCAUGACUGGCACCGAACAUGAAGUCGCUUUUCUCCUUCGCCAUUUUACCCAAGUCAUCGCUCCCUGGCUGGAUCUUUCUGACGCCGGGAAGUUUUUUUCAGUCUUGGUACCGAUUAGAGCCAUCAACUGCCAGUCACUCAAAUACUCCAUUGCAGCUUUAGCGGCAAAGCAGCUUGGGCGAGUAAAAGGGGCUAAGUCAUCCACUGGAGGCGGCAUGUUUAGCAGCCCUGCCACGACUGAGACGUAUCCCAAUGCAGCUCAGGUCGACUGGUACCUCAAGGCAGCCAAUUACUACUACUUGGCUGCUUCAGACCUCAACACCUCGACCUCUGGAGGUUAUACGAUUGUGUCCAGCUCGGCUGUCCUAGAAUCCCCGAUCGAGUUGGUCGGGCGAUGGCUGAACAAGCGAUCCCCUCAAAGAAUCGGUCAAACUUCCAUUGAUGCUGUUUUUCUGCGGAAGGCCGAAGACACGCUGGCGAGCAUUGCACUGCUGACACUACAUCUCUCCGGUAUUAAUUCUCUGUUCGAAUCUCUUCUGCGGUUACAUCAGAAAGAAUCGAUCACCUUCUCUCAUGGUAUCCGUGCCUCGUUCUGGAAUUUUUCUCGCCAGGACUACCUUGGGUCUUAUUUUACCCGCUCAGAAACACACCUUGACCCUCGAAACCUUCCGCUGUGGCGUGCAGCGGGAAUCUCAAUUGAUGAGCAAGAAAAAUUCCAUAUGGUGGACAGCGGGUCAAUAGGUCUGUCUCUGGAAGACCAAGCUGCGAACGGUCUGUCGUGGCUCGUGUCCAAGGUGGUCAACUUCCUUGCCAAGUCGAAGCAAUCUCAAAUUGCUCAAUGGACGGGAUCUUCACCAGGCAGCGUAUCCGAAACCCCGGGUGCGUCCGCCGACGCCAGUGAGCAGACGUACCCUAACACGAAUACCUGGCUGGACCUUUCUUUCGAGUUUCAAACAUGGUUCGAAGGUGUCCCCGAGACUUUCCGUCCAUGUGUGCGCAUUGAACACCCUCGAGACCUCUCAAAGCCAUCCGAUGGUGGCCAAUUGCCAUUCCCCGAGGUCUUUUAUAGCCUGGCGACGUGUGCCGCUACCAUGCAGCAUUAUCAUUUCGGAAGGAUUGCGCUCCUCCUCAAUCGGCCACCCGACGCAGUCAGCGCUCCGAGCACCGCCUUUGAUCGUUUACAAGGGUACCGUGAAGUCACCAAAGAAGUAGAGUAUCGCAGUCGCGAAGUGUGCGGCAUCGCUCUCGGACGCCCACAGGGUGAGGUACGCGUGUACAUGGUUCCGCUAUUGUUUGCUGUGGGUCAGUGUCUAGAGAGUACAGACGAGCACCAGAUCAUUGUGGACCUGCUGCGGGGUGUGGAGGCAGACAUGGGCUGGGCCACCGAGUCUGCAGUCCAGAAUCUCCAGUCGUCUUGGAGUCGAUGA